AUGGCCCCAAUUGGUAAUACAUUGGGUAAUGGGCCAACGAACUCACGAUUCUACCCUACUGAAGAAGAACYGGUUUCCUUCUAUCUCUUCAACAAGCUCCAAGGCCAACGAACUCACGACCUCCAUCGCGUCAUCCCCGUCGUCCCUGUCAACGAUCACAGUCCUUGCCACCUUCCAAAGUUAGCCGGGGAAUUGUGUCGCCGGGACACCGAACAGUGGUUCUUUUUUGUGCCGAGGCAAGAAAGGGAAGCACAAGGUGGAAGGCCGAGCCGGACCACCGCUUCURGAUACUGGAAGGCCACGGGUUCACCGGCGUACGUCUACUCGUCCGAUAACAAAGUCAUUGGAGUGAAGAAAACAAUGGUGUUCUACGAAGGGAAGUCACAAACGGUGAAAAGAACCGAGUGGAAGAUGAACGAGUAUCGAGCUAUCAAAAAAGACAUAGACAAUACCAACACUUCCCCUGUUCCAAAGGUAUAUAUAUUGGAAAGUCGACAUGAGUUGAGUCUAUGCAGAGUGUAUGUGGUAUCGGGAUGCACACGGGCAUUCGAUAGACGACCACUAGGGCUAGAACCGACACCGAUGAUCACCUACAAAGCUAGUCAGGGUGCACCGUCUUCGCAAAAUACCGUACAGACGUACAAGACCGCAAGCCCUUCCGACUGCUCAAGCCCCGAAAGCUCGAACCGGAUGGUUGAUACGGUGGGAAACAUAGGACUUGUACCUGAAUGGGAAUGGCAACAUUUAACGGGAUGA